UUGCAAUUACUGUAAAUGAUUAACUAAUAUCCAGAGGGAGGUGUUCAGGUGCACAGCGACGUCAUCAGUCAACAGGCAUUGUGCCCAGGCUAUUUUAUAGCUGAGUUAAAAGCUGUUGAAACUUAAUGACAACAGUAAAGAAUGAACUUUGACCCCACAGGAAGUACUAAGAUUUCCUCCAGGAAUUCUUAGCAUGGCCGGAGACGGAUUCAGAGCUCAGCAACGCAGUGCUUUAACAUUUUUUAUCAAUUUCUUUCUUAUUCACUUCAUUUUCAUCCAGCUUGCAGGUGCUGCACUGCACAGUUCUGAGGAAACCCAGUACAGCGCGGUUGGGCCACCAGUAACUCUGGGCUGCAGUUACACUCCUCCCAGUGCCAGCGUAGAAAACAUCGACGUGUGGUGGAAGGUGUCCAAGAACGGCGUCACUGAGACGUUAUUUGCCAGUCAGAAUGACGUCAUUAUGAAACACACUAAAGGAUUUGAGGUGGACGAGGCCUGGCUGCUGAGAGGAAACGCAUCACUACAGCUGAUCAACACGACGGUCAGCGAUGAGGGCGUUUACUCAUGUGGGGUCAUCAUACAGCCUGACCAGUACGACCGCACCAUCCACCUCAAACUGACAGCUCGGCCUCAGGUUUCGAUGCCUGAUCUGGUCACUGUACUGAAAGGAGAGGAGAAAACCCUGAGGUGUGAAAUCACAAAGUUCUACCCAGAGCAGCUGAAAGUGAGCUGGAAGACCGGAGGAGGUGGGGCAGAGUCGGCGGCUCGGGACGUCUGCACAGGAAUUCCGGUUCCGAACAGUGACGGAACGUUUAACCUGAGCAGCCGAAUCACUGUGAAGGGAGAGAUGGUAUCAGGUGAACGAGUGUACGAGUGUCAGAUCGAGCACAGAGCUUUCCCCGAAACUUACCGCAAAAAUACUACAGUCAGAGUUCAGGGUCCAGAGAAGCCGUAUAACACUGUGGCUUUAAUUGCUGGUACAGUUAUAUCGAGUGUUUUCUUCACGGCUUUGACCAUUGGUGGUGCAGUGAUCCUGUACAGGCAUGUUCGACCAGUGCCUCAUUCAGUGUCUGAAAUAAUCAAACCUGAUAUUAUUUAUGCAAACACACCGACCACGCUCAGAUGUAUCAUCAGAGGAGUAAAAGCUAAUCACCUCAACAUCCGGUGGUACAGAUCUCCAGACAAGCGUAACAGAAGCGCUGAGGAAGGUCAGCGCAGAAACACAGAGAAGGAUCCUUUAAUUGCACUGGAAAGCCUGUAUGGUGGAAUGCAGCUCCAGUCAGCCGGGGAAGUUCACACUUCUUCUGUUACACUAAAACUGUCCAUCGAUGACAACAGCAGGCAGUACUACUGUAUGGUUGAGUGCGGUGGAAAGAAAAUAACAAAAGAUACAAUGAUUAGCGUCAAAGUCAAACCGAGCCGCCUGCAGAUAUCCUGCCAGCCGCAGAUUCCCCGACUGGGGAAGCCUCUGGUUCUGUGCUGUUGGGUUGAGAAGUUUUACCCGGAAGAUAUUUGGCUGGACUGGCUCGGGCAGGGUAGAGAUGUUGCCACUUGGUUCGGCCCAUUCGCGGACCAGGAGAAGCUCUACAGUGUAUGGAAUAAGGUGGAGCUGACCGUUAAUAAAGUGAAUAUUGGAACCACCUGCACUUGCAGAGUUUACCACAGCAGCUUCCCGGCACCGUUCUACAAAGACAUCCAGUACCACAUCAGCACCGAUGGUCAGCCUCCAAACGUGGCCUUCAUCCAGUGUGAUCCUCCUCAGCCUCAGUUAGGAACAGAAUGUACGCUGAACCUGUGCAUAAAGGAUUUCUGCCCGCGUCCCAUUGCAGUGUCCUGGUAUAAAGAUGAAGAAAAAAUCUCAGAUGGGGUCUUCGAUUCUCCUGCCAGUCUUAACAACAAUGGAUUUUACUCCAUGUGGACUUUCCUCAAGAUGACCCCGUCCAAACCGGACUACAACUCAGUGUUUCGAUGUGUGGUGGAGCACAGCGCUCAGACAGAAGCUGAGGAAAGACAAUUCUCAUUGAUGAAGAUCUGUGAUCUUUCUGAAACCCAAGAACAUUUGAGUGAUGAAUCAAAUAUCAAUGAUGCCCCUUAAUCUUCACCAGUAUCUGGUCCAAUCAAUUUUACAGAUAAGUCACAAAUAAUACAUCAAGAACUAACAACUCAAGCAUGAACCGUGAAAAACUCACAAUCUUUACAAUAUAAUGCUAAAAACAUGUUACUAAUGUAUCAUUUAGGCUAUUUAUAUUGUAAUCAUCACCACAACAGGAAAAGACAACAAUAACUUACUAAUAGAAUAACAAUCAAAUGCAGGUAAAAUCUACACAAUAAUCGCUAUGAAUUAAUUAUUAAUUGUAAUAGACAGUGUAAUAGACACACAUAUUUGCUAUUACAAUAUUGUUUAAAAUAAAAAAUAGAUACAUCAC